AUGUCAUCAUCAUCAACAAACGAAAACUUGUUAAACUCGGAACUCGAGUCCUUUCGACAGAAAUGGCUCUCCGAUCUCAAAACCAAGAACGAUCAUCCAGAACCCGCUGAGACAUCUGCGGCUGGAGGGUCAUCCUCAUCGAGACGGCCUCAUCAUGGCCCACCCAUCUCAUCGUUGCCGCACAAGCCCGCACCUGUGUCAGAAGAUGAUACUGAAGGCGAAGACGAAGAAGAUUUUGUGCAGAGUCCUUCCUUGAAACGAGAGGAAUCUCUUUUGACGCAGCUGCCUCAGGAGACUCAUCAUGAUCGCAAGGGAAAGAAGCUUGUCUCUGCUCUGGAUCAUUUCGAGGAGGCGAUGCAUAAAGAGGAUCAGGGCAAUAUGGGUGAUAGUCUCAAGCUUUACCGCAAGGCCUACCGCCUUGAUAAUGGUGUUGAUCGGAGAUAUCGUGAGAAGCACUUCCCUCAAAAGUCAGCUCCACGACCUGUUUCGCCAACAGCUACCAAAGCAUCCGCUUCAGCAAGUGCACCAGAGGCGGCACCGCAACCCCCCAAACCAGAGGCAACCGCAGAGUCAAAGCCUCUGCCCAUAGGAGAACUCAUCGCUAGUUUCUCCGGCUUGAAGAUUGAGCCAGCUCCGCCUCCUGUUGAGGGCAUGCCUGAGCCGCCCUGCCCGCUGGCCGAUCUCCCCGAUGAGAUUCUCAUUCACAUUCUCCGUGACAUCGCCAUCGCAGACGUUGGUGAUUUCGCCCGACUAUCCCGCGUGUGCAAGCGUCUAGCCUACCUCGUAGCUUCAGAGCAGCGAAUCUGGCGCCGUGUAGCUCUUGGUUCAGAAGUCGGCUUUGGCUCUCAGCUGUACCGCUUUGAGAGGAGCGUAGAGUGGGAUGAGUUACCAGAAGAAGAGAAAGAAGGUCCAGAGAUACAAGAUGGUCUCGUUAUAAGUCCCUCCGAGCUUGCGCAGCGCAGACAAGAUGCCAAUAUCGCCUUCACCGAGUCUUUAACACCAUCAGUGUACCCUACUUGGAAGAACCUCUUCCGCUCACGACCACGCAUCCGCUUCAACGGCUGCUAUAUCUCCACGGUAAAUUACGUCCGUACUGGACAAGCCUCAACGAACCAGCCUACAUGGGGCAGCCCGAUCCAUAUCGUGACUUACUACCGUUAUCUCCGCUUCUUCCGCGACGGUACACUUAUCAGUCUUCUUACUACCAAUGAGCCCGGAGACGUGGUGCAUCAUCUCACACGCGACGAACUCAACAGCCACCGAGGUUCCGCCCAACCUCAUCUGCCAUCGUCUGUCAUGGCCCUCGCUUUCCGUGGCCGAUGGCGCAUGUCCUCUUCUGCUGACCGGGACGACCCAGCAGCCAUGGAUCUUCCAGCCCCGACUGCUAAUACAGGCGUACACGAUCGAGAUCGUGAUCCGGAAGGAGACGUCUUUAUCGAGACCGAGGGUGUUGGAUCUAAAUACAUGUAUCGUAUGGACCUCUCGCUUCGUAGUGCCGGCAAAGGUGCUCGUAACAACAAGCUCAUGUGGCGUGGCUUUUACAGCUACAACAAGCUUACAGACGACUGGGCCGAUUUCCACUUGAAGCACGACAAGCCCUUCUUCUUUAGCCGUGUCAAGAGCUAUGGAUUUGGGGAAUAA